AUGGCUGUUCUUGUAAAUUCAGUGUCUCCUAUUGCACACCCAUCACCAGAAAGUACUAGAAACAGUUGUAGGUUCUUUUCCCACAUCAGGAAUCUCCAACCACUUUCGCUCAGCAAGGGAUUUUCUAGAGUUUUGGCAACUACCCAGAUCACCAUUUCUCCAAAGGACACUGUUUUCACCUUACCCAACUGGAGGGCUGCCAAGAAUAACAGAAGAAGUAGGGAAGUCAGAUUAAUUGAUGCCUUUCUGCACUUAGAGUCUAUGGUAGGGAAGGGCCAAAAGCCUGAUGUGGCUCAAGCAACUCAGCUCUUAUAUGACCUUUGCAAUGCAAAUAAGAUGAGAAAAGCUGUCAGGGUGAUUGAAAUGAUGGUUUCUGCAGGCAUUAUACCUGAUGCAGCUUCUUAUACUUUCUUGGUGAAUUAUUUGUGUAAAAAAGGUAAUAUUGGGUAUGCAAUGCAGUUGGUUGAAAAAAUGGAGGAGUAUGGUUAUCCAACCAAUACCAUUACCUAUAAUUCGCUUGUUAGAGGGCUUUGUGUGCGUGGAAACUUGAACCAAAGCUUGCAGCUUUUGGAUAGACUGAUACAGAAGGGGCUGGUCCCAAAUGUUUAUACCUACUCCUUCUUGCUUGAAGCUGCUUAUAAGGAAAGAGGGGUCAAUGAAGCCAUGAAGCUCCUGCAAGAGAUAAUUGCUAAAGGUGGAAAGCCUAAUUUGGUCAGUUACAAUGUUUUGUUAACUGGGUUGUGCAAGGAAGGUAGGACUGACGAGGCUUUGCGGUUCUUCAGGAAUUUGCCUUCGAUGGGGUUUGAUCCAAAUGUUGUGAGUUAUAACAUUGUGCUGAGGAGCUUGUGUUAUGAGGGUAGGUGGGAAGAGGCAAAUGAGCUUCUGUCUGAGAUGGAAGGUGAGGAUCGGUCUCCUUCCAUAGUUACAUAUAAUAUCUUAAUUGGUUCACUUGCACUUCAUGGUAGAACUGAACAUGCUCUUGAAGUUUUGGAUGAAAUGGUGAGAGGUCGGUUCAAGCCUACUGCUGCCAGCUACAAUCCCAUAAUUGCUCAUCUCUGCAAAGAGAGGAAGGUGGAUAUUGUGAUUAAGUGUCUAGACCAAAUGAUUCAUCGGCGAUGUAAUCCUAAUGAGGGAACAUUCAAUGCCAUUGCCGUGCUCUGUGAGGAAGGGAUGGUGCAAGAGGCAUUCUCUAUAAUUCAGAGCCUCGCUAACAAACAAAAGUGCUCCACCAACGAGUUCUACAAAAACGUAAUUACAAGCUUGUGUAGGAAAGGGAACACCUUCCCAGCGUUUCAGAUUUUAUAUGAAAUGACCAAGCGAGGUUUCACUCCAGAUUCUUAUACGUAUUCAUCCUUGAUCAGAGGGUUGUGUUUGGAGGGUAUGCUAGAUGAGGCCUUGGAGAUUUUCAAGGUAAUGGAAGAAAACAACAUUAGGCCUGAUACUGACAAUUUCAAUGCCCUUGUACUCGGCUUCUGCAAAUCUCGAAGAACAGAUUUGUCCUUGCAGGUUUUCGAGAUGAUGAUCGAGAAAGGGCGUAUGCCUAAUGAAAUGACCUAUACCAUUCUCGUGGAAGGGAUUGCACAUGAAGGAGAACUGGAGCUGGCAGCCAAAGUUUUGAAAGAGUUGCACCUGAGACAUGUUAUGAGUCCGAAUACAGUGGAAAGACUUGUUAUGCAGUAUGACUUUGAGGAUUUACCAGUAUAG